CUGACAUGUGUAAUUUUUAACAACAAAUUAACAAAAUACAAAUUGAAAUUUCGGACAUGUAAACAUAAUAUUAAAUAUUGUAAAAUUGUUAGAAAUAAGAAUUAAAAAAUGUGUACGAUGAAAUGGGACAUGAUCAAAACGAUCGGCGAUGAAGACGCUGUGGACGAUGUCUCGUCGGAUUCCGAUGUCGAAGUCGAACACCAACCGAAAAAACACAAGACCAAGGGCGAUACGUAUUUUGAUGAUGAAUUCAAGUUCUUGAACAUGGCUUCAGAAUAUAAUCACGACACGUGGGAUGAUCUACAAAAAUAUAUAAAACGUAAAGGUACCAAUAGGACUGAUGAAAAAAUAGAAAAAUCUCGUAGAUAUGUGAAGUCUUUUCUACCAGAUGUUACUACCGAAGAGCAUGAAGAUUACAAGGAAGAGUCAGAUUGUGAUUCGUUAUCUGAAGAUGAACUCAAAAAAGAUGGUAUCAAAGAUAGACAAAAAUUGGUUGGUAAAAGAAAUAAAAAAAAGAAAGAAGUUGAAGAAAAUAAAAAUGAAGUAACUGUUGAAGAUGAAGAAGAAUUUUUUGAGGACGCUCCACCAUUUGAAGAAAAUGCUUCGUUUUAUCAAAUGAACAUUUCAAGACCUUUGAUGAAGGCUAUAAGUGCAUUGAACUAUGUUCAUCCGACACCUAUACAAGCAGCUGCAAUACCAGUGGCUCUCUUAGGAAGAGAUAUUUGUGGUUGUGCGGCUACUGGUACUGGUAAAACAGCAGCUUAUAUGCUACCCAUUCUCGAAAGACUUUUAUAUAGGCCCAAAGGUUUUACUCCUAUUACCAGAGUUUUAGUAUUGGUACCAACUCGAGAAUUAGGUGUACAAGUAUACCAAGUUACAAAACAACUUGCACAGUUUACAUCAGUUGAGGUUGGUCUUUCUGUUGGUGGCUUAGAACUCAAAGUGCAAGAAUCAAUUUUACGUAAAAACCCAGAUGUUGUUAUAGCUACACCUGGUCGUUUGUUAGAUCAUUUACAAAAUACUCCUUCGUUUUCAUUAGCAGACUUAGAAGUAUUAGUAUUGGAUGAAGCUGAUAGAAUGUUAGAUGAAAACUUUGCUGACCAAAUGAAAGAAAUUAUUAAUAUGUGUGCUCGAACCAGACAGACAAUGUUGUUUUCAGCUACAAUGACUGAUGCUGUUAAUGAUCUUGCUACUGUUUCUUUGAGCAAACCAGUUAAAAUAUUUGUAGACAGUAAUACAGAUGUUGCUUUUAAUUUAAGACAAGAAUUUGUAAGAUUACGUCAAGGAAAAGAACAAGACCGAGAUGCAACAUUAGCUGCUUUAGUAUGUCGAACGUUUAGAGAUCAUACUAUGAUAUUUGUUAGAACUAAAGCUGAUGCACAUAGAGUGAAAAUUUUACUUGGACUUUUUGGCCUUAAGGCUGGAGAAUUACAUGGAAAUUUAUCUCAACCUCAAAGAUUGGAAGCAUUACGACAGUUUAAAGAUGAAGAACUUGAUUUAUUAAUUGCCACAGAUGUUGCUGCUCGUGGAUUGGACAUUCGAGGAGUGAAAGCUGUUAUAAAUUAUACUAUGCCACCAACUGUUGAACAUUAUAUUCAUCGAGUUGGCAGAACAGCUAGAGCAGGACGAUCUGGUGUUUCUGUUUCUAUAGCCAGUGAACAAGACCGUAAAGUACUUAAAGAAGUGAUACGAAAAGCCAAGAAUCCAGUAAAAAAUCGUGUUAUUCCUAUUGAAAUUUUGGAUAAAUAUAAAGAGCGUGUAGAUUCACUUAGAAAUGAAGUUAAAUGUAUAAUGACUGAAGAGUAUGAAGAACGGCAAAUGAACCGAACAGAAGAAUUUGCUGAAAAAACUGAAAAAAUGGCAAAAACUAGUAUUGGUACUCUUAUUAAAAAAAAAGAUGAAAAGAAAAGAGAUUGGUUCCAGACACAAAAAGAGCGAGGAGAAGCUAAAAAAAGAUCAAGGGAAGCUUUUUCAGCUAAAAUAGAGAAAAAUAUAAAAAAGAAAAAGAAAAAUACAGAAGGAGACGUUAAUGAAGAAGAAGAAAUUGAAAAUCAAAAGAAAAUGCAGAGAGUUGCUAAUUUCCAAGCUAGAAGUGCAAAAAAUAAAAUGAAACCUAAGAAAAUGAGUGCCAUGUCAGAUUUUGGUCAAGGAGGUAAAUCUUCUUCGAAGUCUGCUAGUGGUAAGCAAAAGAAAGGUGGUUCUGUUUUUGACUCCCAGUUUACAGACGUAAGCAAGUCUGGCGUUAAAAAGUACAGAUACGAGGCAAAUCAAGCUAAAAGGAUGUUGGCUAAAAAGAAAUCUGCAUUAAAUCAAAAAAAUCAAAAAGCAAAAUCUACAUCUUCAAAAAAUCCAAAUUCUCAAGGAAGAGGCGGUGUAAAUGGUGGACGGGGAGGAAAAGGUGGAAGGGGAGGAAAGAGAAGAUGAGGGUAUAAUUAUAGAAACUGACAAUUUAUAUUAUUAUUAUUAUUUACUUUGUAUUUAUCUAAAAAAAAAAUGCAUACAGUAAUUAUAUACUUAUUAUACUUGUA